ACGUUUGAUGCAAAUGAUUUGUAUCAGGGGCAGAAUUUUAACAAGGUCCUCAGUUCCUUAGUGACUCUAAAUAAAGUAACAGCAGACAUUGGACUAGGAAGUGAUUCUGUAUGUGCUCGGCCCUCAUCUCAUCGAAUAAAAUCUUUUGAUUCCCUUGGAUCCCAGUCUUUACACAGCCGGACUUCAAAAUUGUUCCAGGGCCAGUAUCGAAGUUUGGACAUGACUGAUAAUAGCAACAAUCAGCUGAUAGUAAGAGCAAAGUUUAAUUUCCAGCAGACAAAUGAAGACGAGCUUUCUUUCACAAAAGGAGAUAUCAUCCACGUUACUCGGGUGGAAGAAGGGGGCUGGUGGGAGGGCACUCACAAUGGCAAGACUGGCUGGUUCCCCAGCAACUACGUUCGAGAAAUCAAAUCAAGUGAGAAACCUGUGUCUCCCAAGUCAGGAGCAUUGAAGAGCCCUCCUAAAGGCUUUGAUACGACUGCAAUUAAUAAAAGCUAUUAUAAUGUGGUGCUACAGAAUAUUUUAGAAACAGAAAAUGAGUAUUCUAAAGAACUACAGACUGUGCUUUCCACUUAUCUACGGCCAUUACAGACCAGCGAAAAGUUAAGUUCUACAAACACUUCAUAUUUAUUGGGAAAUCUAGAAGAAAUAUGUUCUUUUCAGCAAAUGCUUGUACAGUCUUUAGAAGAGUGCACCAAGUUGCCUGAAGCUCAGCAGAGAGUUGGGGGCUGCUUCUUAAACCUUAUGCCACAAAUGAAGACUCUGUACCUUGCGUAUUGUGCCAAUCACCCGUCUGCAGUUAAUGUUCUCACAGAACACAGUGAGGAAUUGGGAGAAUUUAUGGAAAUGAAAGGUGCCAACAACCCCGGAAUUCUUGUGCUGACCACAGGCCUCAGCAAACCAUUUAUGCGCCUAGAUAAAUACCCCACAUUACUAAAGGAACUUGAAAGACAUAUGGAGGAUUAUCAUCCAGAUCGACAAGAUAUCCAAAAAUCCAUGACUGCCUUCAAAAACCUUUCGGCCCAGUGUCAGGAAGUCCGGAAGAGGAAAGAGCUCGAGCUGCAGAUCCUCACCGAAGCGAUCCGCAGCUGGGAGGGAGAUGACAUCAAGACCCUGGGCAAUGUCAUUUACAUGUCGCAGGUCAUGAUCCAGUGUGCCGGGAGUGAGGAAAAGAAUGAAAGAUAUCUUCUGCUCUUCCCAAAUAUUUUGCUGAUGCUGUCUGCCAGUCCUAGGAUGAGUGGUUUUAUCUACCAGGGAAAGCUACCAACAACAGGAAUGACAAUCACAAAGCUUGAGGACAGUGAAAAUCAUAAAAAUUCAUUUGAAAUAUCAGGGAGCAUGAUUGAACGGAUAUUAGUAUCAUGCAACAACCAACAGGAUUUGCAUGAAUGGGUGGAUCAUUUACAGAAGCAAACUAAAGUCACAUCAAUUGGAAACCCCACGAUUAAGCCUCAUUCUGUGCCAUCUCAUACUCUUCCUUCCCAUCCAAUCACACCAUCCAGCAAACAUUCGGACAGCAAGCCAAUGCCACUGACUCCUGCAUAUCACACGCUCCCACACCCUUCACAUCAUGGGACUCCACACACCACCAUUAACUGGGGGCCUUUGGAGCCUCCGAAGACCCCCAAACCUUGGAGCCUGAGCUGUCUGCGCCCUGCACCUCCUCUCCGGCCUUCUGCUGCUCUUUGUUACAAAGAGGAUCUUAGUAAGAGUCCCAAGACCAUGAAAAAACUACUACCUAAGCGCAAACCUGAACGGAAACCUUCUGAUGAAGAGUUUGCAUUGAGGAAAAGCACUGCUGCUUUGGAAGAAGAUGCGCAAAUUCUGAAAGUGAUUGAAGCUUACUGCACAAGUGCCAAAACACGACAGACACUCAAUUCAACAUGGCAAGGCACUGACCUGAUGCAUAAUCACGUCUUGGCUGAUGAUGACCAAUCAAGUCUAGACUCCUUGGGUCGUCGCAGUAGCCUUUCUCGUUUGGAGCCUUCAGACCUCUCGGAAGACUCUGACUAUGACAGUAUAUGGACAGCCCAUAGUUACAGAAUGGGUUCUACAUCUCGUUCACGCAAAGAAUCUGCUCCACAAGUUUUGCUUCCUGAAGAAGAAAAGAUCAUUGUCGAAGAGACUAAAAGUAACGGUCAGACAGUGAUAGAAGAAAAGAGCCUUGUUGAUACUGUGUAUGCAUUAAAAGAUGAAGUCCAAGAAUUAAGACAAGAUAACAAAAAGAUGAAGAAAUCUUUGGAGGAAGAACAGAGAGCCCGGAAAGACUUAGAAAAGCUUGUGAGGAAUGUUUUAAAGACCAUGAAUGACCCUGCUUGGGAUGAGACCAACCUAUAGAGCUCGUCCUGGCUUUUCUCUAUCAAGACCAAGCCGGGAAGCUUUCUCACCCAAGUCAGUGUUCCAUGUAGUGACUGCAAGUGCGGCUGUACCGGACAGAAGCGUUAUCUUGCUUUCUAUGUAUAGAAAAGAUGCCGUUUAUGAUGUGAAUAAAAAUGAUCAGAUCAAACCAUUACCGAAGAAUCCAAGCUUGAGGUAUAGAGACUGAGGAUUCUGAGCUGCAUUAAUUUUACUCUGUUAACAUCUAAAUUACCUCAUUUUGCAAUAAGUGCAGUGACCGACUAAAAAAACCGUGUUUUUCAAACUUUUAACUGAAGAUAUAUAAAUAGUAUAUAUAUAUAUGUGUGUCUUGUAAAUAUUCUAUUCUGAAUGCUUAUCCAUGGUUGCUAUCUGUGGGCUAAUCCUCAUGCUAGAGCUUCCUUUCUGCUGAUCUCUCUGGUCCUGUGAGUUAGAAGUUAACCUCACAUUUACUCUCCUGAAAGUAGAAGCCGGGAAAAUUCCUAGCUGCUUUCGGUAGAUGAUGGAUUUGUUCUACACCAUCAUAGUCUCCGGAGUGCUAUACCAAUACUUCCCAUUUCAGUAUACUUCAAUAAUUGAACCUUAUUUGUACAGAGGCGUGAAUACCAUCCGAAAGUCUUCUCUUAAAACAGUGUUACAAUCACAAACAUGCAUUAGUUCUGAGUGCAGUACCCUUUGCCUGAAUAAAUGAGCUUGGCACUCCGGCGUUUACUGGAGGAAAUGGCCUAUACCACCAGUGUGUCCAAGUCAGACGAAUGCUCUUGUCUGCUUUGUCUCCAUGCUGUGGUAUCAGAGCUAAGCACUGCAUUUUGGGAGAGCACACAAACUUUUAUAUAUAGGCUGGUUUAAAAAUUUGACAAAGUGCACUGGUUUGUCCUUCCCACAAAAGAGAAAUCUUAACUAGAACCUGUAAAUAAGAUGUAUUCUCUAUCAUAUACCCCUGCAGCCAGUGAAAACGAAUGGAGGCAAUACUGUGAGCUAACAUGGAUGGAUAGGGCUUCUUUGUCAGGCCAAUUUAAACUCUGAGAUCUGUUUACCAUCAGGGUUCAGCAAGGCUUACUGCAGUGCUCGCUGGGAAAAAUAAAGUGUUCCCCCUUUCAGUGAGACUAAAGCAAUGCAUUUCUUUUUCAUUUAAUAUAAGUAAUACAAGCUUGAGUGUGGAAACCUUUCUUCCCACUGUGUAAAAGUAGCAGAGGAGAUGCAGGGCAGGCUCGUCCUCCACGCACGGCGAGCCUCUCUGGCAGACCCCGAGGAGCAGAAACCCUCUUCUUUCUGUUGAGGAAAAGGGUCACUGUGACCAUUGGAACUGUUUCCUGUGUCAUACAGGUUCCCCCCUCCCCGCCCCCCCCUUCUGAACAAGUCUGUUUUUAAGUGAGAGGAGCCCUAUCACAAAGCAGGUGUCUCGUCUUGGAAACCCGAUGUGCACUAGAAAACAUGCUGGGCAUCACGUAUGACUUUUGUGAUUAAUUAGUAAAUUCACCAAAUCCUUUGCUGUUGAUGCCUUCAGACCAGAGCAACUUUGAAAGUCAUUUGUUUUGUGGUUGGUGAUCAAUCCUCUCUCACCUCUUGCCUUCAUUUCCAUCCUGGGUCCUGAUCUUUAAACCCUGCUGGGCAGUUGCCUCCCCGACCACCUUGUCCUCCCCAUGCUUAGACACAGUGCACAGGGUUUCCCCGUGGGACGGCCAUCCACCUGAUAGGCUUUCAAAACCACUACACGGUUUGCUCUUUAGUCAGAAUCGCCAACUUCCUGUACUGAGCAUUUGAUUGAUUCCUGCCAAGACUAGACAAAGUUGAAUUUCUCUCUCGUUAUUAUUUUUUUAAUCUGCAUUUUUUACAAGUAGAUGGUUAUGCAUAAGACAUUGCAGUGGAAAACAAUUAAAUGACAGGGUAUUGAAGUUUGCUGUCAUGAGCAAAUUUUAACUCAGGAAGAACUUUCAUCAUCUGAUCUCUGUCACUUUGUAAAAGGUGAUGUUGUUUUGUGGCUCUGCUGAAAGAUUUCGUAUCUGUCUUCUCUGAGCAGUUAUGUUGCUAUCAGCACACCCCAGGAUGAAUCCCUUACAGAACAUGCCUUAAUUAUUAGAUUGACACACUUAAUGAGAAUACACGCAUUUUCAUGUCCCUCCUCUGCUUAGGGGAUACACAUUGAGAUUCCUGUGUUACUUCAUGGCCUUUUCUUUCUGCGAUUCCCAGAUUUUAUUAGGCUUUUUAGGGAGUAGAGAAAAUGCAUCUUAGAGCAGUUCUUUCUAAAAACGCACCCCAUUGUAUAUAGACUGUCUACAUUUCACAGUGUGACCUUCUAAGGGGCUGGGGCUUUGAUAUAAACAUUCUAAAGGGGCACUGUCCAUUUAACCUUUUAAUGGGUUACUUCUUUGCUCUCACCUUUCGUGGAUGAGGAGAUGAAGCCAUUUCUUAGCCUAUAGAUGUGAAGCACUUUCAGUUCUAAACUAUGUUGAAAUGUAGCAUCUGAAAUUCGUUUUAUUGUACUCCCUGGUGGGUGCGCCUGUUUCCACGCAUCAUGCCGUCCUUGAUAGAAACAGCUGCCUUGGUUUGGGUAGACAUUCUUAAUGCCAGUCAUUCCUUUAGAAAAUCUAGAGUAUCCAUCCUGGUGUUGACGACGACAAUGUUUAUGCUACACUAUUGUAAUUAUUAAACUGAUUUUUUUCUUAUAUUACAAAAUAUGCCACUUUAUCCUCUAUGAUGUGCUUGUGAUACUAUCUUAUGGUAGCUUUAUGUUUUAUUUUGAUUAUUUUUUGAGAUUUAAAAAUUCUGGUGAACAUUUUUGAUGUGGGAAAAUAUAACAUUUGUUUUUAAAGUCUAGACUCUGGGAGUAUGUGAAGAUCAGAAAGGAAAACGGUUUUGUAGGAAAGGACACUGGAGUGAAAACGUUUACACUGUUAGGAACGAUCUCGACUUCAUUUACCGUAGUUAGAAAAAGGACACACGGUAGAAGAAGCUCAAGUAUCCGUUUUGCAGAAUCAGAUAAAUGAACUCGUUUUUAAGAUACCUAUAGGAUUCUGUAUGGGAAUUCUCAAAAGACAAUUUGGGGAGAAAAGUAAUUUGCUUGUCUCUUAAGACUAAAAUAAGUAGACCUUCAUAAAUCAGUUGAGUUCCUUUGUGUUGUAAAUACCGUGUAUCGUGCAUACUGCCGUCUGAUUGGUUCUGACGCAUGGAGACGCUGUAGGAAGUAGUAGAGCGGCUGCUACCCAGGGUGUCUGCGGCUGUAGUGUUUGCGCAGGAGAUUGCCUCAUCUUUCUCCAGGAACCAGCUGGCGGGUUCUAAACGCUGACCGCGUGGUUGGCACCCCAGUGCUUAACCCACUGUACACCAGGGCUGUUGUGUAUCCGUGGCCAACCAAAACCCAACCCCCCUCAAGGCAGUUCCGACUCGGCAGCCCCAGCGGUGGUUGCCACCGGCUUUGAAUGGUCACAGGAGCAGACCAGCCUCAUGUGUCUCCUGCCUUGGGGUGCCAGCAGUUACCCCACGGUGCCUGCAGGGCUCCUCGUGUGCACCUUCGAUGCCUCAUCUAGCUUGUUUAGAUGAUAUGGAGGGUUUAGGCGUUUAUGUUUUUCUUGCUAGCUUUUUUAUAAAAAUAAUAAUACUUGACUGCUAAUUAUACAAAAUUGAUAGUUCAAACCCACAAGCAAUUCUGUGGGAGAAAAAUUUAAGUCUUGCCCUUGCUAGAAUAUAUAAUCUUAGAAACCCUGUAUAGGGUCAUUAUGAACUGGAAUUGAUUUGAUAACUGGAUUUGGUUUGGAUGCGAAAAAUGCCAGCAAAACUUAAGAUUAUAAUGCAAAAAAAAAAAAAAUCCAUUAUCUCCUUCACAUGAUGCCUUCUUUUUCCACAAAAGUAACCAAUGUUUUAUGUAUUAUAUAUUCUUUUUAAAGACAAAUGAAAAUACCUGAUGUGUAUGAUUAUUUUCCCAUAGUGAAAUCACACUGAUUGCGUUCUCUUAAUUUGCCAUUUGUUUAUUAUCCAAGAUAUAGUUCCACGUAGGUACAUAGAGUUCAUUGUUUUGGAUGGCCACAUAAUAUCUCAUGAGUUGAUGUAUUACAGUUUAUUUUGGUCACCUAUUUACAAAUAUAAAAGAGUCCUGGUGGCCCAGCAGUUAAGCACUCAGCUGCUAAUGGGAAGGAACGUUAGGCAGUUCUGCAGGUGGAAGACGUAGCAGUCUGUUAUUGAAAGAAUACCUCCUGAAAAAUCUUAUGAGACCCUCCAUACUCUGUCCUAUAGGGUUCCUAUGAACCAGAAUCAACUCAACAGUGGCUUUUGUUUUUAUUCAUAUUUGGGAGGGAAGAAUUCCUAUUGUAGAAAUCAGUGAGUAUCAUUAUAUUUACAAAUGUGUAAUUUUUGUGAGUAUAGCUAUAGGAUUGAUGCCUACGAGUGUUCUGUGCAUUUUUAAUUUUGAUAGAAUUUGCCAAAUUCUUAGACGGUAUUCAUGGCAGUUCAACAGGUUCAGUUUCUCAGAAAAGAAGCAAGUUAAAUGCCUUCUGAAACAGUUUCUUCAUUUCUGAUCAUUCAAAUGGAUGACAUUCACUCCAAAAUGAAAAUGUCAUUGGGAGAAUAGAUUAUUAUGGCAAUAUAUACUUACCCGUUUCUGUCUUUAUAUCUGUGGCUCCUAUUUCUGGGCUCAUUUAUCUUUAGUCCUGUAAUGAUUAUUUUCCUGAAACACUAAAUUACUUCACAGUUAUCAGCCGAACCUCCAGGGAUGCUGAUUGAAGUGUGGCUCCCUGGGUGCCACCAGGCAUUAAUUAUGCAAAUAAUCUGUGGGUAUGAUCCAGGAGUUUAUAGUUUGAACAUCAUCCUAGUGGUGUUAGAGCCUGUAAUAAAAGCAUAGUGAUGUGUAAGAGAUUUUUUUUUUUUAAGCAAGCAGGCUGUGUUAGGUCUAUUUAGGUCUUUCACAUUUCUAUAAAUGAUUCAUUCAUUAGUAUUUUAAAAGUCAUCUGGAGCACUUCUAACGGUAUAUGUAGAUUUAAUAAAACCAAAUUCCUCAGUACUCUGACCAUA